AGUCACUCGGCAAUGCAGUUCCACGUAAUCUUGCUUGUGGCGGCCGUCGUUCUGGGGAAUUCCGCUGUAGGGGAGCAGCAAAGUUUAGACUGUACAAAUCGUUUUAUAUCGUUCUUGACAACUUUCAGCACAGAUUCUUGUGCCAUUCGGGUGAAGCGAUCAGUUCAGCACGAAUUCCAACAUGUGGUUGCCAUCGGGUGGAACACCUCCAAGGGAAUCGAGUACGGCUGCGGUGGAUCGUUGAUAACGUCAAAGUUCGUGCUGACCGUGGCUCACUGUGCCGCGGACGGAGAUGCGAAAGUUCCAACUGUGGUUAAACUUGGCCUGAAAGAGCAGGGAAGGGCGGAUGAUUCUUCGUUGAGUCAAAUAAUCAACAUAAAAGAGUUUCGAACGCAUCCCCAGUUUCGCUUCAGCAAAAAGUACUACGAUAUCGCGUUAAUUGAGUUGGAGAGGGAGGUCGAGCUCAACGAUGCGAUCUGCACGGCCUGUCUGUGGUUGGAGGACACCACGCCGGAGGAAGCUAUGAGUGCGAUUGGCUUUGUGUCACCUGGAUUUAGUCCCAACUUUGAUCCAAUCUUGCGGAACGUCACUCUGAAGGAAAUCAGCGGGAAGGAGUGCGGUGAAAUUCUGCCGCUGUCGGGUCGGACACUGCCGGACGGACUGGUUAAGGAACAGUUUUGCGCCGGAAGUGACGAUCAAGACACGUGUGAGGGCGAUUCAGGAAGUCCACUUCAGGUGGAACGUGCUGAGAUCAACGGUGAUAUGAUCCCAUUAAUCGUGGGACUUGUAUCGUUCGGAACACCUUGUAUCGAGGGAUCAGUCGGAGUGUAUACCAGGGUGUCUCCUUAUAAGGAUUGGAUCGAAGAGGUUACUGGCCAAUCGUUUGAUUACGGAGCUUGUUCUAGAGCUUCACAGUGCAAACAGAGAAAACGGACCGAAACUAAAAUUGAAUCUCCACCAAACAUACCAACACAUCGAGUCGGACUUCUUUGGAAUGAAUCCAACCCUAACCCGUAUCAAUGUGGUGCAACCAUACUAUUACCAAACCAAGGCACACAAUACGCCAUCACAUCGGCAUACUGUGCCAAAACUAAGCAAGGUCCGCCCAAAUUUGUAAUAACCGGACCACAUCGAACGAUCGUAGCGAUCGAAGCUGUUCACGUCCAUCCCGAGUACAAACCUGGUGAGCCGGAAAACGACAUUGCAGUACUUAGAUUGCCACGAAGCUUACACGAAAGUGAUGGUAUGCUACCAGCCAAAUUGUGCCGCAGAGAUGGCUUUUUGUUAGACGAAACGGAUUACUCUGCGUAUCGAAGUCCGAGUCAUUCUACUGAAUCCAUUCAAGAUAUGAUAUUUGAACGAUACGUAAUUAGAAUCAACAAUGUUGACGUCGGAGAAUGUACAUCCCCAGAAUACCGAGAAUCAGAUCUGCUGUGUGGAAAGAGCAAAGCACUUUUGAUUCCAAAGAUUUGUGAGGUAGAUUAUGGUGGACCGGUUAAUCACGUCGGAGACUUCAUGAACAUACCAUACCUGUACGGAGUUGUAUCCACGUUGAGCAAAGGCUGCACAGAUGAACUUGUCGCAACCAGGAUAUAUCGCCAUAUCGAUUGGAUUAUAAGUAUAACCCAUUAAAU